GGUCUAGCCGCAGGUGAAGAUGGCUGCUUAAUAGCAGAGCUCCCACCACUGCAGGGAUCUUUGAACAACCCACUGCGUUUAUAGACUUUUAUUCCGGUCCUUUCCGGGAUACAUUCGUUCCAGACCUAUCCGGCAUCCUGGUGUGAACUUUUGGUGUUACCGGCAAGAAGGUUUAUUCCCCUAUCACAGCUUUUUACUGACACCGGAUGAUCGCUAUGGCCAACAUUGGAUCUACCCAUACGGAUGCUCUAUUAAUUCCGACAGGUAAUCCUGCCUCGGCUACUGCUAUUAUGUCAGCCAGUGGUAUUGCUGUGGAAAAUGUACUUAUCCAGCCUAGUCUGAGUGAUCUUUACAAUGUGGCUGAUGACAUUAAGAAUACCUUAACAGCGGCCAUUGCGGCGCUGAGCCUUGAUGUACGCGCUAUUACUGCUCGGGUGGUGGAUGUUGAAAAUACUGCUGCGCAACAGGGUGCCAUACUGCGUCAUGUCAAUCGCAAGGUUGAUUCCCACACCCUCCAUCUAAGAGAUCUCCACCGCCAAGUGGAAGAUUUAGAAAACAGAAGUAGACGCCAUAACCUUAGACUGAGAGGUCUUCCAGAAAUUGUUGAUCACGAUCAACUAACAUCUGUGGUGUCAGACAUCUUUAAUAAUCUGCUGGGACGUCCACCGCAAACCCCUAUUAAAAUGGAGCGCAUUCAUCGUGCAUUAAGACAGAAAGGAAGGCCAUCUGAUCCCCCUAGGGAUGUCAUCUGUCAUAUUUCUGACUUUCAAUUGAAGGAGGAUAUCCUCAGAAAUGCCAGACUGCGCCAUAAGUUCCUGCAUGAAGGCGCUGAAUUGCAGAUAUAUCAGGACUUAUCGCAUAUUACUCUCCAGAAUAGAAGAGACCUUAAACCUUUAUUGGAUUUACUCAGGGAAAGAGCCAUAAUUUAUAGAUGGAAGUUUCCCUUUGGCUUGCAAGCCACUCAUCAAGGACGUACUGCCCUGCUAAGAGUGCCAGAAGAACUGCAGAUGUUUUGUGACGCACUAGGUAUUCCCUAUAUUGAUGUGCCAGAUUGGUAUGCAGAGUUUCGCUUCAGAGCUGCCAGGAAGGAGCAACAACAAAUGGAAACCAUGGAAACCAUUCCUACACGCCACCGCAGACGUCGCUCCCCCUCAGUAAACAAAUCACUGGACGCCUCCAAGGAUCGUGAACCUGAACUGAAAGCAACAGGAUCCCCGCGCGUGAGAAGACCCAGACGUGAAUACUAAUUGCUUAAUGUUUUUCUUUCUCAUCGGACUGACUGUUCCCACUCCCUUUCCUUCACUAGCAGAUCUCAGGUUUACUUCCACUUCUCUCAUCCUCUCUCCAUGU